CACAGGCAGCGGGGAAAACGCGUAACUGCUAACGCGACAGCCUGCAACAUUCUGUCGCAAGUCACAACCAUCCACAACCGUCCUCAACUGCAAACAACAACCCGCAACAGAAAUACCAUCGAUUCGAUCGAUAUGACAUGUCAUCGGCCCGAAGCGUGACAAAAUGUCGUUCUUACCCAGCGUACUGCUUCAGAAUAUCUCCAACAUAUAGUACAUGGGUCAAACUGACCGCGGCGGAUGUACAGGCUCUACGAUCAGAGCCUGAGUUCCAAAGUCAGCGCAUAUAUUUUCAUCUUAAUCACCCAAUACGCUUUGUGCGCUUAGUCGGUGUCGUAGUGGCGAUUGAAGAUAUCAAUGCUAGAUACACCAUCCUAACGAUUGACGAUGGAAGUGGCGCGAACAUCGAGGUCAAAAUAGUCCGAUUGACUCCAGCGGAAUACAAUUCAGUCAAGAGUCCAUCCAAUACUGAAGUCGAUAAUGUGGACGUAAUCAGCCACUUCGGUGUAUUUGAAGUUCUUGUGGAUCGCCAUCGCAUCGACAUCGGCUCCGUAAUCAAAGUCAAGGGCACCAUAUCCGAAUUCAGGCAGCAGAAACAAGUCGAACUCAAACGGAUCUGGGUAGUCUCGAACACUAAUGAAGAGGUACGGGCUUGGGCAGAAACGGCGGCUUUCAAGCGCGAGGUCCUCUCCAAACCGUGGCAUCUAUCCCGGACGGAUCACCAGAAGGUCAAACAACAGAUCAAGGCGGAGAGACGACAGCGGAGAGAGCAGGAGAGGCUUAGAAUCGCGUAUGAGCUUAAGAAACUGGAGCACAAAAAGUUGCGGGAACAGUAUCUAGCAAAACGAGAGGAGAAACAGGAAGCCAGGCGCCGGAAAGAGGAAGCUACGAUGAAUGCUGGGGCACUCAUAUGAUCACAUCUUUAGGAUACUCAAUCCAACAGCACUAAGAUACUUCUUCGCGAGUGAAAUGUGUACAAUCCAGCGUGCAAGAAAACGUGCUUCAAUCGUAGCCUAGGGGACUUGUGUCAAAGAGGAUGGAAUGGGCUUUAUUCUUUCGCGGUUGUCGGGCUUUCGUGAAUGAUCU